UAUGACAUCACUGAUUCUGCGACAGAACUCUAAGCGUUUAGUAUGUUGUCGAAUUAUAGUAGCGAUUUGCUUGAUCUGAUUGUUUUCCUGGUUAAGAGUUACAAAUGGUAGUACAAAGUUUACUUUGCCAUACGGUAAAACAUAUAUUAUACAUAUGACGAGGAUGUAAAUGGAUGUGCGAGACUCGGAGAAAGACAGAAGUCCAAGAGUCGAAGCGGAAUGGAUACUUGGACUCCCAACCCCCGAGCUAAGCCAUUUAUACCUCGCCAACAAAGAAGCUUGUAUCUCACUUAUAAAUACAAACUAUUUAAUAAGAGGACUAUUCGUCGUUUCUGUCAGGCUGGCGCUGUACUUUUUCUACUGGUCACAGUCAUAGUCAAUAUUAAACUUAUCUUAGACACAAGAAGAGUUGCCAUUGAGGAAGCAGGAAUUCAAGAAUAUGAGGAUGUAAUGCCCAACAUGGAGACUCCUCGCAGACUGCCAAAUGGGCGCAAGGUUCUUGACAUUGAGGUGUACUCCAGCCGGUCCAAAGUCUAUGUGGCAGUGGAUGGCACCACUGUGCUGGAGGAUGAUAUGCGGGAGCAAGGCAGAGGCAUUCAUGUUAUUGUUCUCAACCAGGCUACAGGUCAUGUGAUGGCCAAGAGGGUUUUUGACACUUACUCACCCCACGAGGAUGAAGCCAUGAUCCUCUUUCUCAACAUGGUGACUCGAGGUCGCGUACUAAUCUUUACCAUUAAGGAUGAGGGCACAUUCCAUCUGAAAGAUGCAGCUAAAAACUUGCUAAAAACUCUGGGAAGCCAGAUGUCUCUCAAUCUCAGCUGGAGGGACAUGUGGACUCUAGUGGUGAAGAAAGGAGGUCAAGUAUAUGGUGAAAAACAUUCAAAAUCUCCUGCUCUUUCCUACUGGGGUGAUCCAGUUCUUCUUAAAACAGAAGUGCAGCUCACUGCCUUUGAAGAGGCAGAGUGCCACUGGGCCGAUACAGAGUGGAAUCGGCGCAGGAAGCUUUUCUGCACCAAAGUCGAAGGAUAUGGCAGUAUCUGCAGCUGCAAAGACCCAGCACCCAUUGAAUUCAACCCAGAACCUCUGCCCAAUAAUAGUGUCUUCAAUGUCCCUGUUGCUGUCAUUGCAGGAAACAGACCCAACUAUCUCUAUCGGAUGCUCAGGUCGCUUCUUUCAGCUCAUGGUGUUAACACACAAAUGGUCACAGUCUUCAUUGAUGGAUAUUAUGAGGAGCCUAUGGAUGUGGUAGCGCUGUUUGGACUGAAGGGAGUUCAGCAUACACCAAUCAGCAUCAAGAAUGCUCGAGUGUCCCAGCACUACAAGGCCAGUUUGACAGCAACAUUCAACCUUCAUCCAGAAGCCAAAUAUGCUAUUGUGUUAGAGGAAGAUUUGGACAUCUCCAUUGACUUUUUCAGUUUUCUGAGUCAGACCAUUCAUCUGAUGGAUGAGGAUGACAGCUUAUAUUGCAUCUCAGCCUGGAAUGAUCAGGGGUAUGAACACACAGCAGAGGACCCUACAUUACUUUACAGAGUGGAGAGUAUGCCUGGCCUGGGCUGGGUCCUGAAAAAGAGCCUCUACAAGGAUGAACUGGAACCAAAAUGGCCAACACCUGAGAAGCUGUGGGAUUGGGACAUGUGGAUGCGAAUGCCAGAGCAGAGGAAGGGCAGAGAAUGUAUCAUACCUGAUGUGUCCCGCUCCUACCACUUUGGCAUCAUUGGCCUUAACAUGAAUGGAUAUUUUCAUGAGGUAUAUUUCAAGAAACACAAGUUCAACACAGUACCUCACAUUCAGCUGAGGAACGUGGACAGUUUAAAGAAGGACGCCUAUGAAGUGGAAAUCCAAAACCUGCUUCGGGAUGCAGAGGUGCUGGACCACACGAAGAACCCGUGUGAGGACUCUAUGCUACCAGAUUCUGAGGGGAAAGUGUAUGUCAUGUUCAUUAAGAUGGAGUCGGAAACAGACUCCUUGACCUGGACUGAGCUUGCUAAGUGCCUCCAUGUUUGGGACCUGGAUGUACGUGGAAAUCACAGAGGCUUGUGGCGACUGUUUAGAAAGAAAAAUCAUAUCCUAGUGGUGGCUGUACCAAUCUCCCCAUACUCUGUGACGAAACCUGCCAAUGUCAUCCCCAUCCACUUGGAGCCACCCGCUAAAGAAGAGGGCGCACCAGCAGAGCAGCUUUAAGUUCAAUGUCCAUCCACCCAUUUUCUGAGCCACUUAUCCUCCCAAGGGGUGCGGGAAUGCUGGAGCUUAUCCCAGCUAUCAUCUGCCAGGAGGCGAGGUACACCCCGAAUUGGUUGCCAGCCGGAGGGCUAAUGGAGACUGUGGCGUUUACAUCGCCAAGUAACGCAAGGAGGACAACAUUAUGUGCCUAAUUGUAUUUAUUGAAGACACGACUGACAGAACAUCAAGCAAAGACCGCCUGCUAUCCUAACUGGCAUACACACAUCAUGGGACUCAGAACUGCAUCACAAAGGCAUAGUAUUUUGCCCUUGAUCUUUUACUCAAUGUGACAUCUCUCCCCUUUUCAAGUAUAGUAGGCAAAACACAAUACAAACAUUAACUUUUAGCAUAACUUCAAACAAUAUGUUUACUCUUUAGCUCAGUAAUUACUUAUAAAAAAAAAAAAACAACCUCUUCCAGAUAUCCAACAAAACAUUCUUACAGCGUUUCUUCUGUUUUUAUUUUCACAUUAUCUGAGGGUGUGGGUAGACUACCAGGGACCUUGAGCUGAGAAGGGAUUUAUUCUGGCCUUUUGUCCAUCAUCUCAACUAACUAGCAUACCUGGGGUUUGGCUUAACAGUCCAAUCAAACCUGGUGAUGACUGGAGUUGGGUAUUCAGAGGAACCAGGGGCAUCACCAGGAGUACUGGCAGUGGUUCAGUCCUGCUCUGCUGGGUCACACUGUCCAUCUUAUUCCAUCGGCUGAGGAACAUCCAACUUUCCCGGUGAUGACAGCUCCUGAUUGAGCAGCUGGAUGUGGCGCCGGUUCCGUCACGGGUGUCGUGUUGCCUCUCCAGUGUAAAGGAACGUGGCGCAACCUCUUGGCGUGGCACAGUUGCUGGUGUUGUCCAAGCCUUUUCCACGUCAAUCUUCAGUCUGAUUGUGUCACCAAUGGAGAGUGAUGGUAGAGGUUUGGCGGUUGUAGUAUUUCUCGUAGGACGAUUUUCUUUUCGCGUCAUUUCUCUUGACAGUCUCUAGGUUUAAUUGGCCUAAUUGGCCGCAGGAUCUCUUUGAGUACGGGGGGUAGUUGUACAGAUUUCUUGGCCCAUUAGCAACUUAACAGGACUUUGUCUAGUGAACUUUGUUGGUGUUGAACGGUAGGUCAGAAGAGCUAGGUGAGGAUUGUCUUGCUUGAGAAUUCCCUUUGCAGUCUGCACAACACGUUCUGCCAUGCAGUUGGAUUGUGGGAAAUGAGGGCUCGAAGUAACGUGCUGGAAGUUGUACGCAGCUGUAAAGUUUUUUAACUGUUCGGCUGAGAACUGAGGGCCGUUAUUGGUCCUAAACUGCUCUGGAAUCCUGUAGCGUGUGAAGAUGCUUUUUCAGCUUCUGUAUGACUAUUUCUGAGUUUGUCUUUGGCAAGUCUAGGAUCUUGAGCCAUCUGGAGAAGUAGUCCAUCACAAUUAAGUAGUGACAACCUUUGAACUCACAUACGUCAGUUGGAAGCUUUUGCCAUGGUAAAUCUGGCAUUGGUGUGGAGAUCAACGGUUCUCUGUUCUGGCUUGGUCUGUAGAUGUUGCAAUGCUUACAUGACGUCACAAGCCUUUUGCCGAUGCCUGGCCACCACACAGCGCCACUGUACCGUUCUUGGCACUUGGUAAGGCCUUGGUGCCCCUCGUGAAUAUUCUGCAACAUGUAGUCCCACAUACUGCUGGGAAUCACAAUCUGCUUGCCACGUCACAACAAGCACAGACCGACUGCUAGGCUAACUGUCCUCAAGUGAGUCCAGGUACACUUUCACCUCCACUUCUUGGUCACCUGGCUUGGUUUCUGCCAUGGGUUGUUUCCCUGGAACACAUUUUGCAACUGGGUUAAACUUCAUUAUCCUGAUAAGCAGGCGCUGACAACAAAUUGGUGUGGUGUCGAGGUCUUUUGAGUUGAUGAGGGUUACCAGAGGCUUGUGGUCUGUAAGUAGCUUGUAGCUCUCUAAACCGCAAAGAAACUGGCAGAAAGUUUCAUAGGCCCUGAAGUGUAUUAUCGAUGUGUAUCUCUUUUAUUAUUGAUGUGUAUCUCUUUAUUGAUACGUAUCACAUUGCUCACACAUGCCAAAUCAUCACUUAACCUUACUGGAGAGACCAGGGCAUAGGAAUGUGGCAGUUAUUACCAACUUAGUCAUUAUGAUGAAUAUAGUUUCUGAUGCUUUUAUUUUAUGAUGUGGUUCUCUUGUGAUGCUCUUUAUUUGUGAUGCUCUUUAUUUUCCUUUCAUAUGUUUGUGAUGCGGACCCUGCUGAUAGUAGGGGAAUGCUAUAAGUCCUCUGUAUCUUUGCACUUCUGAUCUGGUACAGCCAUUGUCUGUCAUUCAUUUGUGCCCAGAAUAUCCUGUAAGUAAAAGCUUCGAAGAAACUGUUCCUCAUCUCCAGCCUGUAUUUGGAUAACCAACAUUCUCACUACCCGAAAUUAAAUGAACACGCAGGGAGGAAAAAAGCGUCCUCCAACAAUUGGUGACCCCGACGUGAUUUCGGACUGAGGUGUUGGUUGACAGAACAUCGGCCGGCCAACAAUUGACAAGGUGAGAGGACAUUUAUCCUCCAAAAGUGAUCUUCUGUGUGUUAACUGGUGUUGAGGUCUGUGUCACGUUUGAAUUUGUGUUGAGUGUGAAAUUAGUUUCUGGCUGGUUGAACAGUGGGGAAAUUGUGGGUGUAUAGUCCUGGGUUAGAGGCCCUGGUGGGACACCGUCGCGUCCCACCUAAAUGGUUGAAAAGCCGUAGAGUCUGUGGGCGUACCACUCUAAAAAAGGUUUAGAAGUGCCCUGUGAUCGGAGGUUGUGCCGACACAAAAAGGUUGUAAAUCCGGUGACUGGCAGACAGACCAGUGGGUUGAAGCCGGUCCAAAACUUUCUGAACCGAGAGGUUGUCUCGUUCUUUUCGGAGAAUCCUAGAGACUAGAAUUCCUCAUUCGAAAUCAAAGGACAAAGUGUGCACGAUAAAAAGUUGAGAAGAAUAACCCGGAUGAACAGUUAAUUGCGCAAUUGUAAUUUUAUUUUAGGAGAGGUUGUUUCAUUCUUUCAAGAAUCCUAGAAAGUAGAAUUCCUCAAAUAAAAUAAAAUUUUAAGAGUACUUUUGAGAAAAAAAAUCCAGCGCUUUUGCUAAAUUAAGGUUCGAGUACUUUUGUUUGUUUGGUAUCGAGUACUUUUGAGAAAAUAAAGAGGUCCGACCACUUUUGAUAAAAGACGAUUUAAAUCAAAAUGCAGGGAGAGUUUGAUAGGGAAAGUGAGUGGUUCGAUUUGCGGCAAAUACCAAACCAUUCUAAACAAGUGGUGCUAAGUGAACAAGUGAGGAAUGCAUGUUAUGUGUGUGUUGGAGGAUUGCCUGAAAAGGAACGAGAGAAUGAGAAAGAACAGUUGAAAGAAUGGAUGAGGAAAUGUGAGAAUGGAUGGUUUCCUCCAAUGUUUUCAACUGUAUGUUUGGUGACAUUAAUGAGGCAAAAGGAAAAAGCUUGUGCUAAAAGAGCGGCAGCUCUCAAAUUGGAAGUAGAAAAAACUAACAGGUUGUCUCCGAAAGGUAGAAACGUGAGAGAGAAUACUGAGAAAGUUGUGGAAAUGAAAGCGAGAGCAAGGAUGAUGGCGAUGGGAUGUGCGUUAAAGUUGUCCCGUUUGGCUGUCAAGGAAGAGAGUGUUGGUCUGGUACCUUUAACACCCAAAGUGCCCUCCGCGCCGCCUCCUUACUUGGAGGAGAAACAUCUUUUGGCGUUGUCUCCAAAUGAUCCAUGUGUACCACCUCACCAUGAAGCCAGGAAAUUUCAGGCUCCAGUGUUGAAUGUAACUGCCGGUCGACUUGAAGUAGAUCUAGAUGAUCAAACGUCUCUCACUCGCUCACAACAAACAUCAAACAUGAAUACGGUUGCAGUAACUCUGGCUGCUGGAGUGACCGGCGCCAUUAAAUAAUUAGAACGAAAAUUGGACAAAGUUGUUGAUUUGAGAGCCGACCCAUUUACACGUUUGAAUCGGCUAGGAAUGUACAAGGCGGAAUAGACACCAACAGGUUCCACAAAAUAUUAGAGAUCAACUUGAGAGAAUCACCACUGAACAUGAAGACAGACCGAACGCUGAAGUGGAGGAGCAGACGUGCCCUCCGCGCUGAACAAGAAGCAGCCCGAGUGAAGAGAGAACAGGAAUUUGCUGUCUUCGCUGGUAGAGCCCUUUCAAGUGAGGAAGUGGAAAACAGGUUGUACAUUGAUCAGUUACAGAACCAAGUAACAGAAUUAAAGUGUCAUGUUCAGAAUCUUUCAGGUGCCCCACCACCAUCUGUUCUGGAUCCAACCAGAGGUCAUGAAGACCUUGAGGAAUCUUCCGAAGGUCCAGCUUCUCCUCCUCUUCGGCCUGUGACUCGUUCCCAAAUCUUACAGGCUCCCAUGUUGGCCAAAGUUGAUCCGGCUACUGGUAACUCUGCUAUGUUUUACAAAUCUUUCUCUCGCACUGAUGUGAGUGUGCUGAUGCAGAAACUUCCACCUAUGCGAUCUGGAGGUGUAAAUUGGCUUCAAGCAGUUUAGAGAUCGGUUACAGGAAAAAUGUUAACAGCAGGUGAUAUCCGUGUCCUUCUUACACAAUCAUGUCCGCUUUCACAGUUGAAUACUCUGAUGCAAAAUUCAGGUUUGUCUUCUCUCCCUGAUCAUCAGGCUCUUACACGAGAAAAUUAUUUGACCUUGUCUACAGCACUGGACGCUUUGUUUGCACUUCCCGAUGUGUUAUCUCAGAUAUGGUGCUCCCAAAGCAGAUGAGGAGGCCGUGCCCUCACUGAUUGUUCUCUGAAAACAGGACAUGCUCCUACGGCCUCCGCCUUGCAUUCGCAAGUGUUCCGAGCAGCUAUUUUGAAGGGCGUUCCCAAGUCUGUGGCACAGGCCAUGGAGGCCAAUCCUAACCUUUCUGGUGCUGAGGUUGACCGGUGGUUGUCACAUCUUAAACAUCAUUUGAGGAGAUAUGCUAAAGAGAAAGAAUCUAAGGUACACAAACAUAAAAGUACAGAAACACAACUUGCUAUGUUGCAAUUGCAAUAUCUGAAAAAUCAGGAAGAAGCCACUCAUGCUGUGAUCUCAGCUCCCUCUGUCGGUUCCGAGUCCAUGAUGUAUCAAGCAGGUUCAUUCAUAGGUCGAGGUGCGCCCCCUGGUGGCUGUGACAUGUGCUUCAAUUGUGGACGGCCUGGUCAUUGGGCCCGCGCUUGCAGACAGCGACCUCAAGUGUUCGGAUGGAGAGGCACAGGCCAACACCCUGCACGUGGCUACAAUCGACGAGGUUACAACCAAUCCCGAGAGAGAGGACAUCUUACACAGCACCAGCAGCUACCGCAGCAGCAACAGGGAUAUCCCUCAGUGCCAAACCAGCAGUAUCUACCGCCCUCUGGUGGACAGUUUCCGCAAUGAUGGUGCCCUGAAUUCACAUGUUUAGGCCUGCAGGAGCCUUUGAUGAUCCUGACGGUGGAAGGACUAACGUUAUCAUUUAUGGUCUACACAGGAGCUCGGCAUUCUACUAUCACAGCCCUGCCACCUGAUACCUCUCUUACCAGGAAAACCACCUCACUUGUUGGAUUCAAGGGUGAAGAAACUGCCCUACAAUUGACCACCACGGCAUAAAAGUAGUAGGCCCAUUGUUAUUUUUGCCUCUUUUUAACAUUGUUAGAGGUUUUGUGCCUGAUUACCUGCACUGGUAAAUUACCACAAGAAUACUUAAAUGAUUGUUCUUUGCUUGUCUAUGCAACACAAUCACUUUUCCAAGAUAACGUUAGUCCUGCUGAGGUAGAUUUAGCUGAUAAUGCCCUUAACCGGUUUUUAGAAAAGUUCUGAUUUUGUAUGGCCACGAAUAUUGUACAUUCAAUGUUCCAGAUGCUGUGCGAGACUGGGGCCCUCUGUGGGUAUUUUCAUAUUUUUGCUUUGAAAGUAAUAUAGGACAGAUAAUAUCAUAAAAUGUGUGCCUAUGCAGAUCUGUAAAACAUUCUUGCUGCGCACUGUUUUACUUGAAUUACAUUUGAAGUACUUCAUAAGCUGUGAUAUGCGUCUAAACUCUACAGUAGACUGAUGUGUUCCGGGAUGUGUAUGAGAAAAAGUCUGUUCAUCCUGAUAAUGUUCAUUUUUAUGGGACUGGACUACUCAAAACAUCUUAAGUAUCACCCUUCAGUCACUUACAUGUAUGUAAUCCAAACAAUUGUACUUAUACAAUAUACAACAGGGUUUCUUGCAUUUCACUUUAUCUGUGUUCCAUCCACUUCAAGGAGUCAAACCACCAUUGUGAUAAUACUAUUUAGAUGAAAAAUUUGAAAUUUUAUGUUAUUUUGAAAUGGAUUCUUGCUAAGUUUUUUGUUACCAUAAUGACUGUGAAUGUGAAGAAAAGGCACUGCUUUUUGUUAAUGAAUUAGCUAGAAUUAGUAAGACAACUAGUGAUAUUUUCUAACAGCUUUCUAUUUAGUGGCCAAAGGAACUAUCAAACUAUUUGCGUUGAGCCAAUACAGGUAGCCAUAAAAUGUUUCAGAUAUCAGAAGAAUGAAGAAGUAUACAGAAUUCCCCUACCAACAGUCCAGGAACCAAAUAAAUAAUUGUCUGAAUAGACAGUUUUAUAAGCUUUGUGUUCUGUGGAUCAUAAUGCAAAAAAUGGCUUUGCAAUCCAGUUAUCAUACAUUCUACUAUAUAUCUUUUUCCCCAGAGCCAUCUAUUCCUUGAACUCAAACCACUGAAAUAACAGUACUGUAAUGGAAUAUUAUGCAGUGGCACUUUUGUGUAUUUAUUUAUUGAUUUAUUUUAGCAAUAACUGUGCCUUGAUGUUUUAUCUAUUGUUUUUUACCUAAAAUGUUCUUUAAUUUUUAUUUUAUUUUAUUGGACCUUGUGGAGAAGCUCUCAUCAUUUUGUUCUAUGCACAGACAUUAAAGACUUUUGAUUUGAUUGAUUUGAUUUGCUAGUGCGAUACCAACUCGAAUUUGUACGAAUAAAACAUAUCGAUUUCAUUGC